UAUGCAAAUAAUUUUUAAGCAAUUAUGCCAGCAAAAAUCUUUAUUCGUUAUCAUGAUUUACUUUUAUUUAUUAGAAAAAUCAAUAUUGCUCUGUAAUUGUGUUCAUGGAUUCAGAAACAAUACCGAAAGCGCCGAACUUGUUUCACACUAUGAAUCAAGUUUAUCAUUGCCAGACAUUCUGCCAAUACCAUCAAAAACUUAUGACAAGAAUCGUGCACCCAAAUUAUUGGGCCAACCUACUGUUGUAUAUUUUCAUGUAACAGUUUUAUCUUUGGAUUCAAUUAAUGAAGAAUCUAUGACAUACGUCACUGAUAUAUUUUUAGCACAAAGUUGGCGAGAUCCACGACUUCGACUUCCUGAGAAUAUGAGUGAAGAAUAUCGUAUUUUGGAUGUCGAUUGGCUUCAUAGCAUUUGGCGUCCUGAUUGUUUUUUUAAAAAUGCUAAGAAAGUUACCUUUCACGAGAUGACAAUACCAAAUCAUUAUUUAUGGCUAUAUCAUGAUAAAACAUUAUUAUAUAUGUCUAAAUUAACAUUAGUUUUAUCAUGUGCAAUGAAGUUUGAGUCAUAUCCACAUGACACACAAAUAUGUUCCAUGAUGAUUGAAAGUCUAUCGCAUACGGUACAAGACUUGGUAUUUAUUUGGAAUAUGACAGACCCAUUAGUUGUUAAUAGCGAAAUUGAAUUACCUCAAUUAGAUAUCUCUAAUAACUACACAACGGAUUGUACUAUUGAAUACUCAACAGGUAAUUUUACCUGCUUAGCUAUUGUAUUUAAUUUGCGUCGACGAUUGGGCUACCAUCUUUUCCACACAUAUAUACCAUCCGCACUAAUUGUUGUUAUGUCUUGGAUAUCAUUUUGGAUCAAACCUGAAGCUAUACCUGCUCGUGUUACUUUAGGCGUUACAUCACUUUUAACUCUCGCAACACAAAAUACACAAUCUCAGCAAUCUCUACCACCCGUGUCGUAUGUGAAAGCAAUUGAUGUUUGGAUGUCAUCAUGUUCAGUUUUUGUUUUCCUUUCUUUAAUGGAAUUUGCAGUAGUAAAUAAUUAUAUGGGACCAAUUGCAACAAAAAUGAUGAAAGGUUAUUCUGACGAAAAUAUACAUGAUUUGGAUGAUAUGAAAUAUCAUCGUGAAUCAAUAAUUGAACCACAAUAUGAUACAUUUUGCCAUGGUCACGCAACAGCUAUAUAUAUUGAUAAAUUUUCACGUUUUUUCUUCCCAUUCUCAUUUUUUAUAUUAAAUAUAGUAUACUGGACAACGUUUCUAUAAUAGUAAAUUCUAAAUAUAUAUAAAUGCACUUGUUGUAAUAUUUAUAAAUGUUGAUUAAUUGAACAAUUUCUAAUA